AUGCUACAGCGAUUACUAAGGAAGAAGUUUUGUCAGACGACGACGAAAUCCAGCAAACAAGUGCCUACGAGGAGGCGGAGAAAACUUCAGGAAGAUAAUUCUACUCGUUACGCCGAUCUACGACCUGUAAGCUUCAUGGAUUCAAUUGAGAGUGGUGUUGAGAAAUUUCCUGAAUUCGCAAAUCAGAGGAGUAAUGGCGCCGACUUUCAACUUGGGAUUGUUGGUCCAAUACUUGGUGUUCAAAAAGAUGAGGAGCAAGCGGAAAUCGAUUGUCUACACGAUUCGAUUAUGAUGGAAAGACAUGGAGCCCAUUCUGCUCAGGAGAAUCAGGCACGAAAGGUGCUUCACGCCAGUGAACAAAGAUUUACACCAAUUGAUGUUGGACAAAAUGUUUUGAUGCCAAUUCCUUGUGUCGAUCGACCCAAGAUUGGACCACGAAAUUUGUUGGGAAUCAUCACAGCUGUAACUGAUGGUUUUUACUCGAUCGGGAGACAAAAUGGGCAUCUUCGGCAAACAUUCACUAGGAAUCAACUGGCUCCAUGUGGAGCUGAAUUCUUCUCGAUCAAUUCAAUUCCGGACGGGGAGACAUCGUUGAGAACUGUUGUUGGGGCAUCAUCGAUCUCUGGGAGCCAAGGUCACGCUCAUUGCUUGUGCCUGAGCGGAUGUACGACAAAUCGAUGUGCUUCUCGAAAGAAGAGUCUACUUUGCAACUCGAGAUGCCACCAUGCAAGAACUUCUACUAACAAG